AUGGCUCAGACGGGCUUCUUCCACCACAUCGGCACGUUCCUGCUGUUUGUGUCGACGAUCCUGCUCAUCAUCGUGUGCAUCUCGGCGCCCGUCGUCCACGACAUUGCCAUCCUCAAGGUCGAGCUGGGCAACCGGCCGACGUCGCAGCACGCCACUGUCACCUUUGGCACCUUUGGCUGGUGCAUCAACAAUGUCGACGGCGACACGUGCUCCAGCUCGCACGUCGGCUACUCGCCGGCCGACGUCAUCAACUCGCAGGACAACACGCAGUUCUCCGACUACGCGCGCGACACGACGCGCGCCCUGACUAAGGCCAUGGUGCUGCACCCCAUCGCCUGCGGCAUCAGCUUCAUCGCCUUCCUGCUGGCGCUCGGCGCCGGCGUGCUGGGCUCAUUCCUGGCCUCGGUCGUCGCCUUCCUGGCCUUCUUGCUCACGGCCAUCAUCACCAUUAUCGACUUUGUCGCCUUCGCCGUCGUGCGCAACAAUAUCAACGAUAACGGUACUGGUGCGGCAGCGUACUUUAGCACCGCCAUCUGGUGCCUGCUCGCCGCAGCGAUUUUGCUGUUGCUCGCUACAAUCGUCGUCUUCCUCACCUGCUGCUCCGGCCGCCGCCAUCACCGCACCGCUGCCACAACCAAGACCGAGUACAUCUCUCCUCCGCGC